CUCAUUGAUGUCUGUGCUAUGAUGCAACUACCGAGUGUCACUGGUGAAUCCCGAAUCCCGCUCAUUUCCUCGUCACGACUUUACGCGACAACCACGCGAUGCCCUUUUCCUGCUCCUACUAGGGUUCAAGUUUCCCCCAUUACUUGUACACGGGCCAUUGACCAUUAUGCCUGCGAAAAGAUCCGCUGUGCGCGUAGUCGCCAAUAUCGCCGGAGGAAAAGACGGUUCCUCGAGGCCCACCGUCAAAAGGACUGUCCGUCAGUCACAGAGAACGGGAAACGCGUCUGGAAGCGACAACGAUGAUGAUGUACCAUACGCGCCCUCAGCACCUGACGAUGACUUUCCCGACGAAUUACCCACCAAACGGCGCAAAACGGGCAGCAGCACGAAAGAAGAGGCCGCUCGUCUUCACAAGAAACUGUUCAGCGUGAAGGCCGCACAGGAACCACCAGAACCAAUAUGUGCGAUGCCUAAUCGGGAGCACAGCACCGUCUACCACAGAUCCCUUCUCCUCGAUGGAUCAAUCGGCAAGGCAGGCCAGAAUGCGCUCCUGGACUGGUUCGACAGCAUUAGCACUGCUCGUGCCAUGCCAUGGCGCAAGACAUGGCUCGAUCCAAGCACGAUAUCCGACGAGGACGAGCUCCGAAAGCAACUCGAGCGUCGAGCAUAUCAAGUAUGGAUCAGUGAGAUCAUGCUCCAGCAGACACGCGUGGCGGUCGUCAUUGAUUACUGGAACCGAUGGAUGGAUAAGUGGCCUACGAUCCAGGAUCUCGCCGCAGCCGACGCGGACGACGUGCUGGCCGCGUGGAGAGGUCUGGGCUACUACAGCCGGGCCACCAGGAUCCACGAGGCGGCAAAGCACGUCGUCAGUCACAAGGAGUUUGGAGGUUUGCUGCCUGCUGAUGCCAAGAAAUUGGAAGCGGAGGUGCCGGGCGUGGGACGGUACACUGCGGGUGCCAUCACUUGCAUUGUCUUUGGCAUCCCCGAGCCAAUGGUCGAUGGCAAUGUGCUGCGCGUACUCAGUCGCCAACUGGGUAUUCUGGGCAAUGUCAAAACGGACAAGCGGGUCAUUGACACCCUCUGGGCUGCCGCAGACGCACUCGUGAAGAACGUUGCCCAGGGCGAUGGUACAGUCGACGACCCCAGCACGAUUCCGAGGAGCGACAAGCCUGGGCGGUGGGGUCAGGCCCUGAUGGAGCUGGGAAGCACGAUAUGCGCUCCAAAGCCCAAUUGCGCAGCGUGCCCUAUAACUUCCACCUGUCGGGCGUAUCUCGAGGGUCAAGAGCUUCCUGGUCGCAAGAGUAGCAAGACGCCGUCGGUGCCAACUCCUGACAUUGAGGAUGCGUGUACCCUCUGCGAACCCUUUGAGAACGUGCAGGACGAAUCUGAUGCGACUGAAGUAACACCCACCGUUUCAGCCAAGCCGAGCAAAAAGCAGGCCACAUUAUCGUCCUUUUUCAGCAAGCCUCCGACCAAAGAAGCGCCAGCCAAGGCGGCCGAAGCAGCAAAGACCAAAGCUGCGGAGCUGGAGACAAUCGUGAACCACGCCAAGAAGUUCCCGCUCAAGGUCGUCAAGAAGGCAGUUCGCGAGGAGGAGACGCUCGUCUGCGCGAUUCAGACACGUGACAAUAAUUUCCUCAUCCAUCGGCGCCCCGAGAAAGGACUCUUGGCCGGGCUCUGGGAGUUUCCCUCCAAAAUCCUGGACGCAGGCGAGGGCUCGACCUCGAAGCAGCGCAAAGCCCUUGCGCAGAACCACGUGUUGUCACUUCUGGACACGAACGACAGCAAGCUCACACAUGUCAGCGAGCUAGGCAGUGUACCCUGGCUGUUUUCACAUCUCAAGCUUACAAUGCAUGUGCAUCUGUUCAAGGUUGACACAGACGAGGCGGGACCCCUAGCCGAUGAGAACAAGCAGCCCAGUCGGUGGAGCGACAAUAUCGAGAAUGAGUCGAUGGGAACUGGCAUGCGGAAGUGCUGGACUUUGGUGCGGGAUCACUGUACUCUUGUUGAUUCAUAGGAUGCUUUCAAAGCACGUACGGUAGCUUAUGUGGGUAUCAAAGGUCACUGUUGGUCCGCCGGCUUGUCUGGGUUGAUCCCUGUCAAGCAAUUCAUCCUCUCGUUGCUCCCCAUUUCGUUGAUCAAAUCGCCCUUGGGUGUCUGCCACACGCCAGACAGCUUGAUAUACCCGUCCAAGGCAUCAGUGAGAGUCUUGCCAAUCUCCAGGGACUUGUA